UGACUGCCUUUUAAAUCUCAAUGUGAUAACGUUGUAUAUUAUCAAAGCAGUUAUUUAUAAAUAAAAUAAAAUUAAAUAAAUGUAUAUUCAGUUUUUAGAAGAAUAUGUUAACCCAAAAAUUAAGUACCAGAAAACAAUGGUCUAGUUAGGUGUUCUACAUUGAACCAAAAUAAAUAUCUUAAAAAAUAUAGCAAGCACAAUCUUAAAACUAGGUCCAGAUGAUACAAAUUUUAUCAAACCUUCUUUGCUUCCUAAAGAGUGGCGUAAUUAAGCAAAUUCUUUUUGCAUUAUGACGUUUUUCCGGGAAACGACCAAUUUGCCCAAAUGUUCAUUUGUAAUUGGCAAGUAGUACUUUGCAUUUUACAAGAAUAUUUUGAUGAAAUCAGCAUAAAUUCAGUAUGCUUUGUGAACCAUUCUCCUUAUUUUGCGAUAUCGACUACAUACAUAUGUAUAAAUAUUUUAUUUCUAGAGCGUAUAACUAAUUCGUUUGUUUAUUGUUUCAUUCGCGCACUCAUUCGGAGUUACAUACAUUCAUAUGUAUGUGCAUAUCUCAAUUGACGACGAAAUCGACGGAAAUUGCAUUGUGCGUGCUCGUGGAUUACCUUGGCAGAGUAGCGAUCAGGACAUCGCUAAAUUUUUUCGCGGUCUAAACGUUGCAAAGGGCGGAGUAGCUCUUUGUCUUUCGCCCCUCGGCCGACGCAACGGCGAGGCUCUUAUUCGUUUUAUAUCGCAGGAGCAUCGCGACAUGGCAUUAAAACGUCACAAACAUCACAUCGGCAGCCGAUAUAUCGAAGUUUAUCGCGCCACUGGUGAAGAUUUCUUGGCCAUAGCUGGUGGAGCUUCCAAUGAAGCGCAGGCUUUCCUUUCAAAAGGUGCGCAGGUUAUAAUACGUAUGCGAGGUCUCCCCUAUGAUUGCACAGCAAAACAAGUUUUGGACUUUUUUACUACUGGCGAGGAUCCGUGCAAUGUGCUUGAUGGUUCCGAAGGUGUACUAUUUGUCAAAAAACCAGAUGGACGUGCUACUGGGGACGCUUUCGUGUUAUUUACUAACGAGUCGGAUGCACCCAAGGCCCUCUCUCGGCACCGGGAGUCAAUUGGUCAACGUUAUAUAGAACUAUUCCGGUCUACAACGGCAGAAGUCCAACAAGUGCUAAAUCGCUCAAUGGACCCGAGAACCUAUGAAGCUAAUCAUCAGCCACCUCUGAUAGCCCAAUUGCCGGCAAUGCCGCUGUCACUGCUGCCGCAGCACUUGAUUACUUCAGGUACCACCAAAAACUGUAUCCGUUUGCGAGGCCUACCUUAUGAAGCCCUAGUAGAGCACAUUCUUCAUUUCUUGGAUGAUUUUGCAAAACAUAUUAUAUAUCAGGGCGUGCACAUGGUCAUUAAUGCUCAAGGACAGCCCAGUGGCGAGGCUUUCAUUCAAAUGGACUCAGAAGAGUCUGCUCGCCUAUGCGCACUGCGCAAACAUAACCAAUUUAUGAUGUUUGGUAAAAAGUAUCGUUACAUCGAAGUGUUCCAGUGUUCCGGGGAUGACAUGAAUAUGGUGUUGAAUGGUGGCCUGCAGUCACCCAUUGCCACAACACCUCACCCUCAUCAUCCUGCUGCAGCUAAGCAGACAUCGCUUCUCUCACCGGGUAUGUUACCUCAACCGUCGCCGUCCAACGCACAAGCAAUUAGUUCUCAUGCGCAUGCUCACGCCCACAAUCAGGGCCAUACUCAUUCUCACGCUCAUAACCAAGGGCACAGUGCCCACAUGACACAUGCGCAUGCAAUGCAAUCGUCACCAUCAAUGGCAGCAGCAGUUGCCGCCCUAUCGCAACAACAACAUGUGGCUCUGCCUCCAACGAAUCCACAGUCUGUGGCAGCUAUAGCAGCCUCUGCAGGUAGCUUAUCGCCGUUUAUAGCGGCCACGGUCGGAGCUCCAUCAAAUUCCGCGCAGCCUCAGAGCAUUGCAGCUCAAUCAAAUGCUGCCGCCGCCGUUGCAGCUGCUGCUGCCGCUCAAAAUGCUGUUACUGUUGGUAGUUUAGGUACACCUCAAGCCUCAACUUUGCAAAUGCCUUCGAGCGCUUCCACAGCCGUUAGCGCACAAUCUCAAGCUAUGGCUCCAUUUCCUUUCAAUUUUUCUCUUCCUCCACCUCAGAUGAGUAUGGCUGCAAAUCCCGCACUCAUUGCUCAGCAACAGGCACAAUUUAUUGCACAACAAAGUUUAAUAGCGCGUCAGCAGGCUGCGGCUGUGGCCGCCGAACAACAACAACAACAGCUGUAUGCCAACUUCAUGAGCCCAUUGCUGUUUCAGCAUCCAUCUUCUGGAGGGGCAACGAAUGUUGCCUCACCAAAUGUUGCCUCCGCUGGUGCCGCUGGCAACCAGCCUCAAUUUGUGCUUAUGCCACGCCACUUUUCCUUUCAACCGUUUCCGAUCGGCUAUAUCCCACAGGGCUAUCAAUAUGCAGCAACUGCAGCCGGUGUGUGUGGUGCAGCCAUGCCGGCGGCAGCUGCGGGCAUUUUGCCUAGCUCGGCAUUGACAGCGGCCACUUCGUUGUCUCAUUCUAUGAAGCGAUCAUAUGAUAACGCUUUCCAACACGAAACUAAUGUGGCGACUGCCGCCAAGCGUGCUCUCACACGCCCCCCUGCUACUGGUGGUGUAUACCAGUUCUUCAAUCCGGGACUGUAGUUGAAAUAAAAUACAGAUAAGUAUUUUUUUUUUAAUGGUGAAAUGUUUGUGGCGAUUGCGUUGUUGUAAGAAAAGCCUGUAUUUCUAAUACAGAUGGGCAUUUAACGGUAUGAUUGACCUGUAACACAACAUCCUUAUAAACAAAUAUUCAUAUUGUCUAUAUUGACAUACUUACAUAAGUACUAUAUAAUUACAAAUAGUUAAACAGGUAUAAAUACAUACAUAAUUACACAGAUAUCACACAAACAUUAACCCAUUUCAAAUCAUGAACUUAUUCUACUUAAUAAGAGCUAUAUAGUUUGUUCGUAGAAUUAAGCUUACAAUUGUGUUACUAUAUUGCGAUUACUUUAAACUGAAAAUUCUAUUAAAAUAGUAGAUAAAUAUUUGCAUUAUUAUGAAAAUCUUACCUAUAAGAUACUUUGGGCAAUCUAUAUUUCUUAAGCAGAGAGUGAGGUAAAUUGUGCUCAAUCUAAAUUGUCGGGAUUUUAAUAGUUAUAAAAUAAUUAUUAUAAACGAGUAAUUUUCAAAAAGUUUAACCCGGCAUUAGAAGAUAGACAAAGACGAACCAACUUGAAAAGUUGAAAGAGGCUAGCAAUAUUCAUUAGCAAAGUGUUUAAUUUCACCUGUGACAAUUAUAGUAUAUUUUGUGCAAUUUAUUUCUGUAAAAUUUUGAUAUUUCUUUUGCAAUUAAAGAGAAAAUUUAAGCUAAACACUUCGCAAAUGAAUAUUGCAAGGUGUUGGAUUUCCAUUUGCCUUGAAACAGCUAUCAUAAUAAUUCUCAAUUUAACUGGGCUUUUAUAUUUCUUACACUAAUUAUACUUAAGAGCAUACUUCGUUUAUGUAUGUACCUUUUAAAAAUUUUUCAUUUCGAUUUUAAUUGAUAAAAUUUAGCUCAAUAGAAUUUUAUAUUCUAUGUAUAACGCUCGUAUCUAUACUUUCUUUCGAGGUAUAAUACUUUUUUUGGAUUCCAAAAAUGGAUACUGCGGUUUUUUCCAAAAUGCUGCAUUUAUAUUUUUUUUCUGUCUAAAUUUUUUAAUACACAGUUUUCGCGGAAACACGUUUUUAAAAAUGCUUAUGUAUGCAUACAUAUAUACUAUUAUGUAAAACAAUAGGGACAUGACAUCUUGACCAGUUUUGAUUAUUUUCUUUUCGGUUGUUUAAUGUUUAAUACUUUUUUAUUAAAGUCUGGUUAAUUAUAUAAUAAUUAAAAAAAUUGCAAGUAGGUAGUUUGGUAGCUUAUUAAGGUGCAAGUUUCAAUAGGCUAAGAAUUCUCGUUGAUUUUUGAUUAUUUUUUUUUGCAGACGGUGUUAUUAUUUUCUUCCAUAUAAAAGAAAUUGUCUAACAUAGUAACUUUGUAUGAAAGCAUACAAAAGAAAUUGUCGAACGCAUACAAAAGUAAUUGUGACGCUGUAAAAACAAAAUCAAAAAUCAACGGUAUUAUGUCGACACUUUAAACUAGAAUAUGCCACGUUUUUGAAUUCCAAUUUUUGUAUAAAGUGAGAAAUUUGGAUUUACAUGGCUUUUGUUUUACAUAUCAUUUUGUCUCGGGGUGUACAAUAAAAGAAUAGUAAUAUACUGUUUUUUCCGUAAAAAGAUACGAGCGUUAUUUAUGUAUCAUAAUAAGUGUUUUAUGAAAUCACUUUGAGUGUACAAAAGUUUUUGCGAAUUUUACAUACCUAUUUAUAACAAUGAUUAAAAUAUGUAAGUACGUAUAUCGUUUCUCAGAGAGAAUAACCUAAGAACACUCGAAACUAAACAAUAACAAAGCUUUGAAUAUAUACAUGUUCAAGUGUGCAUACGCACACACAUAUGAAUGUACAUACAUACAUAUGUAUAUACUAAACAUAUAUGUAUGUAUAUGUACAUAUGCAUGUACGGCACAUAAAAGUAUCUGCAUUUUGUCUACACCUUAUAUUAUUUAACCUAAUACAACGUUUCCAAGAUUCUUAAUUCGCCCUCACAUUCGUAAUUCGCUCUCCUAUUCGUCAUUCGCCAUCCAACUACCUUGGACUUACGUAAUUCGCCAUACACAAUUUUGUCAGCGAAUUACCUCAUUUGUAGAAUUACCAUGCGAACGACGAACGAAUCGGUGUCUUCUCUAAUGUUUAUCGGAAAUAUAUCGAAAUUUGACUGCAAAAACAAAAUAAUAAAAAAGGAAGACGAAUUAUUGCCGUAAUUAAUGAAAUAGUAAUUAAUAAAUUAUUGUCUAUAUAAAUUAAAAUGUUUGAUGAUAACUUACAUUUCCUCUCCAUCUUCAGUACUUGCAGUAAACAAAAAUAAUAAUAAAUAGCGAGGAACAAGAACAAGAAGUAAAGUUGCCAAAAGGAUUACGAAUAUUCGUGGAAACAGGGUUGUUCACGAAUUACUUAGAGAGCGAAUUACAAAUCGUGAAAACGUCGAUAAGCCUGUAUUCUUAAAAUGGGAAAACAUUUUUUACCCCUGCAUCAUUGAUUUAAUUGCAAUUAAAAGUCUUUCAAUUGAUUGUUAUCCUCAAAUCAAAUCUUAAGAAUUAAAUGCUUAUUUGCGCAAUAUUUUUUGUACCUAUAUAUACUACCUACAGAUCUGUAAUUCUUAAGAUUUAUUAAACAUUUUAUUAUAUGUUAAGUUUGCUUAAAUAAUUCGGAUGUGAGAUUAACGUGUAUACACAAAUUCUAGAAUUAUUAGUUCAUCAGAGUAUGUGCGUAUUUGGUGUAGUCGCAAAUCGAUUUACGUCUUUUGUCUUUUCUUUACCCUUCUUCAUACACCCAGAAAAAAGUCAGCUAAAAAUAUUUUUCUGAACACAUGAUUUGUUAACUUUAACUAAAUAAUGUACUAUAACCAAAUUAUGUGUUAAGAAAAAUAUAUUUAGCUGAUUUUUUUCUGGGUUUAUCUUUUCAUAGCAUCACUUCCAAAUUGUUUCUUAAGUUGAUCCCCUGUAAAAUUAUUUGUCUUACAUUUUUUUACUGCUCACUUUUUCUGUGACUAAUAAUAAUAUAUUCAAUAUCAGGCCGGGAAUGUAGGAGGCACUUCUGUAUACCAAAAAACUGAGUUCUACAAUCAGUACGUUCCACAAAUAGUCCAUGUUCAAAAAAAAAA